AAGGAGCGGAGAUUUAAAUCACUAGUCCGAGCGAAAUCCUUCUUUUUGCUAUUAUACUAAUAAACUCCAUGGAAAUUAGGUUUAUUCUAUUUGUUUCUGUUGUCGUUUACAAUGUUGUUACGUCGACGCUGAAGUAAGAGGAAGUGGACGUUGACGCAACAUCCUGUUUAAGCACUGGCGCGGGAGACCUUGAACUAGCUAAACUUUGCAACGCUUUAUAUAUGACAUGGUUAAAAUUGUAGCUGUUGGCGUGAGGUGAAACUACUUCACAGCAUCUGUGUGGUGACUGAUGUUAGUGUUAUCUGAAGGGAAGUGACGACAACAGUUUUCUAUGAAAGUUCUUCUGUGGCGGUUGGCGUCAUGUCUCAAGCCAAUACUUCUCUCCUGGACGAGGUUGUACAAUGGAGUCAGGAAACAUGCCGCUUGGAGCUCAAGUCGGUCUUACCCAAACUUACUUCUUUACAUCAUAAGUCUGAGGGUUGGGAUGAACAUAUACGUGUACUGAAGAUAAUAACAGACAUGUUCCUCCCUCAUAUUGCCCAGUCAGACCUGGAAAAUGAAUGCUUCUCCAAGAUCUUACCAAAGGCCGUGACAAUGUUUGACAGUAUGACAAGAGACAUCUUAAUCCAAGUUGGAGGCUUGUCCAGUCAAAACACAGAGCUGUGUUCCUUAGUGAGGAACAUCCUGAAGUCAAUGAUGCAGAUCAUUGAUGCAUUGUCAGCAUGUGUGCGUCAUGUUGGCACAUAUGACGAAGUCCCAGACCUUUUGGCCAUCCGGACCUUACCGACCUGCAUUCUGAAAGUGUUGCGAGACACUUUCCAGCACUGUAAGGAGAGUGAAGUGAUCUACAGUGGGCGCCUAUCCCUGGUGGCUGACCUUCUACAGGGGCUCUUCAAAGAGGCCUACGCACUCCAGAAGGGUCUGUUGGAGCUGCUGGACAAGAUCUCCCUUGAUAACAGUGCCUCUGAGGAGGAGGUCUGUGACAUGGUCACAGUAAUCCACAGCCUUUUGGAUAUUUGCUCAGUUAUCUCUACCCUGGACAUGGCACUGCAUGCAAACACCUGGAAAUUCCUCAUCAAACAGAGUCUAAAGUAUCAGACACUGGUGGAGGAUCAUCUGCAUCAUAAUGACAUCAGCACCAGCCUGUGUGACAACCUGUUGGCUUCUUUCAACAACGCUGUGGAUUUGGCUGAGCAGAUAAAACAUGCUGGUCUGCAGGAGGCGACCCAGAGCACAGAGCACAAGCUUUUCCAGAAAACGGCAAAAAUGUGCAGAUUUUUUGCCAACACAUUAGUUCAUUACAUAAAGGAAUUCAAGGCUUUUUUAACAAAGUCUUGCAGGCACUUUCAUCAAAUCUACCUCCAGAUUGUCAGUAAGUUCCCUCCCAGCUUGUGUGCGCCAGCAUUGCCCCCUGUUCUUUUAGAAGAGCUGAAUGUGGCAGCUCUGGUACCCAUGGAUGCCCUUCUUUUGCAGCUUCUUCCCCUCAGAUCUUUUGCUGAAGUGGUCCUCCAGGAGGACCUGUACAUACCAAAGGAACAUGAGCUUCCUCAGUGCCUUUUGCUGACUAACGCCCUGAAUCAAUUGCCCUCCCAGCCAGAGGAGGAGGUGCUGCCACUUUGGUACGCUGGCAGUCAGUCUUCAGAGGAGACACCCAGGCUUCCUCUCUACCAAGCUGUGUUCACCGCUUUCCGGCGUUGUUAUGUUGAACGGAAGGUUCCGGUGUCAUUGCCGGGAGUGAUGAUGAAAGGUCAAGCCCAGGGUCAGGUGUCCCCUCACCAUCACGUCUGUGUGUGCCUCUGUGCCAGUGUCGCCGUGCUUCCUACACAAUACUUCCCUGUUCUGGAGCGGUGUUUAGUGGAGGCCGUGCUGCAGGCUGACAGUCAGACAGCUCUGUUGGCUGCAGAUGUGUGGUGCUUCACUGCACGGUACGGCACAGCUGAACUUUGUCUACAUCAUGUCCUCCUCAUUGCUCAUUUGGUGAAAAGCUGUCCAUCCGAGUGCUACCAGUCAUCCCACCUGGGCCUGCUGCUCAGACGCAUGCUUUUCCUCAUGACGCCCAACCACCAGAUGGAGUUACUGGAGCGCUUCCCUCCAUCCAAAUCAGAAAAUCUCCCAAUAUGGCGUCACAUCCUCCUUAGGGCUCUUUCAAAUGAUGCCCGUCAGCGUGUGGAGCUGGACGUCAUUGCUUUAACUCAAAAAGCUCUGACCGACUGGCAGAGUGGGGGGCACACACUGGGCCAAGCAAGCAAAGUGAAUGCUGUACUACAAUGCCUCCUAGUGGUGGUUCGAGGAAAGCCCCCUCUUGAGGAACAGUGUGUAUCAUCUGCAUCAAGGAUAGUCACUCAACUGUGGUCGAGAAUGACGCCACAUCAGGUGCAGAGCCAUCAUGUGCUGAAGUAUACUCUGCAGCUCCUCUUGUCAAUGACGGCAGCCUUGGUGAAAAACAUUGAACCUCAAGUCAUCGUUCGUGCUCUGACGUGUGUGGAUGCUGUUGUGUCCCGGAAGUGUGCAGACCAGCUUCUUUUGGUUGCUCUAGAGUUCCUUUCAUCACUAGGGAAGGUGUUCAUCCCUCCAGACAGCCAGAGUGAAAUUCUGCCGAGUUUGAGCAGCCUGUUUAGUUCGCUGCUAUCAGAAAGUUCUUGGCUACUACAUCAACAUGCAUUGGAGGCUUUUGCCCAAUUUGCAGAGAUAACAAACCACGAAGAGGUCAUUUCCCAGAGUUUGUGUGUAGAAGAAACCAAAACCAAGCUGGUGAAUUAUCUCAGCAAGGCAGUGAUUGCUCAGGAAGGUGUGGUGUCACGGCUAGAAAGAAUUAAGGCAGAGAAGUCCGUUAUCGAGCAGCACAUCAAGAGUCUAGAGACCAAAACAGAUGUUUCCAGGAAGCUUUCCUCUGAAUCUGCGGUCCAUUCAGAGCCUCAGCCUAAACGAGCUCGGCAGGAGAGUGGUGCAGAUGAGGAGUACAGCCGCUACGUCCAGACUGCUGCCAGUGCACUGAAAGCUCUCCAUGCACUCGCUAAAGACAAGUCAGGGAGUAAAGCACUGCAUCCUCCUUCGUGGCUGGCAUCCAGCCUACAAGAACUGCAGGUGCUGUUAAGUGAAAUAAGCGCAGCUACAUCUAAAAACUAAUUCUAUUGUUUGUAUGGAGGGUAAACAAAAUGUAAUCAAUCUGGGCCUGUGUUCAAUACAAAUAAUUAUUUGUCUUGAA